AUGAAUCUUCUUUACUCAACCGUCAAUAGCAUUCGGGACCGGUACGCACCUGUCAGCCACACGUCGACAUUCCGCAAAACAGGCGAGAUCACGCCCGCCGAGUUCGUGGCGGCUGGCGACUACCUUGUGUUCAAGUUCCCGACGUGGUCAUGGGCCGACGCCGAGCCCGCGAGCAAGCGCGUCAGCCACCUACCGCCAGGCAAACAGUUCCUGGUGACACGACAUGUCCCCUGCCACCGGCGGCUCAACGACGACUUCGCUGGUGAUGCAGGCCACGAGGAGGCGGUGGUUGAGGGCGGCAACGGCCCCAAGGGAGACAACGACGAGGACGACGGCUGGCUUCGGACUGGCGGCCUGACGAGCUCGCAGCCGCUUAAGCGGAGGGAGGUGCGAACGGUGGACGAUGCCGGCAACGUCGGCGAGAGGGAGGCCGUGGAAGAAGAUGACAUUCCAGACAUGGAAGAUGAGGACGACGACGAGGCCAUCAUCCGCGAUGUCGAGGGCGACAGUGGCAGCAGUGGCAAACGCACUUACUCGCUGUACAUCACAUAUUCGCCGUGGUACAACACCCCGCGGCUGUACCUGUCUGGCUACCUGCCAAACGGACAGCCGCUGCCACCGCACCUGAUGAUGGAGGACAUUGUUGGUGACUACAAGGACAAGACGGUCACGCUCGAAGACUUCCCCUUCUUCGCGAACAACAUCAAGAUGGCCAGCGUGCACCCCUGCAAGCAUGCGCCCGUCAUGAAGACGCUCCUUGACCGAGCCGAUGCAGCCCUCAAGCUACGGCGGGAGAAGCUCAAGGCAGGCAUGGCGGCUGGGAGCGAGCAGGGCAUGGAAGGUCUCGUUGACGAGGCCCAAAAGCUCGACGUCGGCGGCGCAAAGGCCCCAGCGGCUGCUCCCUCUGGUUCGGGAGAUAACAACGAUGAGUGGGAGGAUGUCCAGAACGACAUCGCCGACCAAGAGGUGGCUAUCCGCGUAGAUCAGUAUCUGGUUGUCUUUUUGAAGUUCAUUGCCAGCGUAACGCCAGGUAUCGAGCACGAUUUUACUAUGGGUGUCUAA